AUGGCGGCCAUGCAGUGUUAUUUUCGGGGAAAUGCUAACGACGGCCAAGCUGGAUUAAAUGCGCAUAGAGAUAUCUUGCAGGCGGACCUAGAUCAUGUAAGGGAUCACUGGAACACCCAUUACAUUCGAAAAUCACGUCACAAUACAGUCCCUGGUAGGCCUGAUGAGCUUUUGUACAUUCCAGAGAACAGUGGGUUUAAAGAUUUCAGAUGUCCCAUUACAAAACAACAACUGGACGAUAUGGCUGUGUGCUGCACAACAGACGAAGAAGAAAACAUUUUUCUGGAGUAUUCUAAUUAUGGGCUGGAGAGUUUAAAUUUUGCACCGUCCGACAAACUGGAGAGAGAGGGGAAGAGCUGCUCUCAGUUGUUUCAAGAUGGUUUUAGUAUCAGUGACUUAUACGCCAUUAAUCCGGAUGGCGAUAAACCGAUACAAGUGUUAUGUGAUAGGGCCAUGGAAGGAGGAGGUUGGACCGUUUUUCAGAGACGUUGGGACGGCUCUGUUGACUUCUAUCUUGGAUGGGAAUCUCACAAAAACGGGUUUGGAAAUCUGAACGAUUCUACGGAGCUUAUGGUCUUUGGGGAAGUGUUUGUCAAUCAAUGCGAGGAAUUUAUGUCCGAUGUAAUGCUGGUGUUCUUGGUGAAAGGUGGGUUGUACCAGACGAUGUUGUUGCGUUUUCAGUUCUUGCGUCUUUGUGUGUGCGUUGGUUGCUUGGUCGAGGGAGGUUUUGUCGGAUGA